UAUUCUCGAUUGAUACUGAAAGCAAUCAUUAGACACAAAAACUCAAAGAUGACCGUGUAUAACAGUGAAAUGAUCACUAACUGAUGAAUGCAUUUCAUCUAAAUAAUUAAUAAUAUCCUACAGACAUAUAAAGCACGAUAAUGCAUAACUCAGUGAUCUAAGAGUCUGCGCACAAUGCGCGCAUCUUUGACAGCACGAGGACACCAUAGACGCACAUGUGUCUUGUUUUCUUGCACUUAAGCUCUAAAAGUAUCUCUCCACAUCUAUUGUUUGUAAACGAUGUGGAAACGGAUCCAAAGGUCGUUCAUUCACGUGUCAGCGGUCUCUCUAAAGAAGACGCCUCUGCAUAUGAAGGGGAAGAGUGCUGCCGAUCAGAGAUGGCUGGUGCGGCAGCUCAGUGACCCUUUCGUUAAAGCUGCUCACGCGCAGAAUUACCGCUGUAGAAGUGCCUUUAAACUGAUCGAGAUAGAUGACAAAUACAGACUUCUCAAACCUGGCUCGAGUGUCGUAGAUUGCGGUGCUGCGCCUGGUGCAUGGAGUCAAGUUGCAGUCCAGAGAGUCAACUCAACAGGAGAAAGUGUGGAUCUUCCUAAAGGAAGCGUAAUAGGAAUAGAUAUAUUACGCAUUUCCGCCUUGGAUGGAGCUCAGCUGCUGUCCAAUCAUGACAUCACUGAGCCCUCGACUCACAUGGCGCUGGAGAGGCUCCUCCCUGAAGCUCGAGCAGAUGUCAUCCUCAGUGACAUGGCCCCCAAUGCCAGUGGGCUCAGGGAACUGGAUCAUGAAAGACUGGUCACCAUGUGUCUAUCAGUGCUGGACUUGGCUGACAAGGUUUUGCGCCCCGGAGGCUCUUUGAUUUGUAAAUACUGGGAUGGAGCUUUGGCCCAUAAGCUCCAGCAGAGGCUUUCCUCUAUGUUUCAAGAUGUAAAAACAGUAAAACCGAGAGCAAGCAGGAAGGAGUCCGCAGAGCUUUUCUUUCUGGCGAGGAUGUUCAGAAUAAGAUAGUAUGAAGUCUUUUUCAUGCAAAUGCAUUUUUAAUAAAUACAAAUUUAAUAAAUGUAUUGUAAAUGUAAAAAAAAUAGUUUUGUUCCCUAUUACUUGUAUAUAAAACACUUGCCUGCUACCAGAUUCUGCGCAUUAGAAACCAGAAACUCAAUACAGAUCCUGGAUAUAAAUGCUAUAGCAGAAUAAUUAGAUUUAGGUCUUGAAUAUAACAUUAUGUUAAGUCAGAUUUGCAUUUUCAGUUUAUCAGGGAGGCCUAGCAGUGUUAAAGUUUCAAAUAAAGCAAUGAUUGGCAU